GAUUUUUAUCAGUUAAAAAUUUAAUCAACAUUGUUUAUUCUAUCAUCCGUGUUGAGAUUUUUAAAAUUAUUUUUUGAUGAAAUCUCUAUAGUAGGCAUAAUAAAAUAUGAUAGUAAUUUUGAUAAAAGUAUUCCAUGUUCCUUUAAAAUAUUUGAGAUGUUUCCCGAAUAACAAAAAUAGCAUUGUUAUAAGCAAUAAGCUUUAAUUUAAUGACGCACAAUCAAAUUGAAAAUUUAGUUAUUUGAAACAAAAAAUGACAACCAUAUGUAUAUUUAUUGGUAUAUCUGGAGUAACAUGUGGAGGAAAAACAACUUUAGCUACAUUACUUUGCAAUUUUUUCAAAUCACAUUUAAAUAUUUUGAAUCACAGACCGAAUACAAAACCUGAAAAAUUUUUAAUUGAAAAAUGUAUAAUAGUAUCACAGGAUGAUUACUUUUUACCAGUAGAUGAUAUAAAACAUGAAAAAGUUAAUGGUUUAAAUCAUAUAAAUUGGGAACGUCUUGGUGCCUUAGAUAUGGAAAAAAUGAUAAAUGAUUUAAUAAAUAUUCAAAAGGAGGCUAGUAAAUUAACGAAUUUAAACAGUAAUAGAAAUGAUGAAAUAUUAGAAAUUUUAAAAGUACAAAUUAUUUUAGUUGAAGGUUUUUUAAUAUUGGAAGAUUAUCGAUUAUUAAAAUUAUUACAUAUUAAAUUUCAUUUACAUAUACCAUUGGAAAAAUGUUAUGAAAGACGUAUAAAAAGAGUUUAUGAUCCACCAGAUAUACUUGGAUAUUUUGAAAUGUGUGUAUGGCCUAGUUAUUUAAAUUAUCACGAACAAAUUAAAUUAAUUGCUAAUGUUGUUGAAAUGAAUGGACUUUUAACAAUGGAUUCAUUAUUUACAUUCGCAAAAGAUUAUAUUUUAGAAAAAAUAUUUCAAAAUAAAUUAUAAAUAUUAAAGUUUUUUGGACCAGACUUUUUUAAUGGCUACUUGUAUUUAAAAUACAAUUCUAUGUUGCAUUUUAAAUACAACUAUACAAUAUAUAACGCUCUUUUGUUUUAUAUUAAUUUUUUUUAAAACAAAAUUUAAAAUCAUGUCAACGACACUCUAAAUAU